AUGAUCCGGCGUAUACAUUUUUCAGUACAGCGGAGGUUUAAGUUGAUGGUGCUAUCCCUCCUAUUCCUUACCUUUGCCAUGCAUUUUGCUUUGGACAUUUUCUCUCUUUCUACAACAGCUUCUUGUCCAUGUCCAUCUCAGAACCACCCCAGAGCCAAAACACAUUUGGUCCGGAAGAUGCCAAUUGCGAGGACACUGCAAGAUUUUAGUGGCAGUAAUGGAUCUUCAGUGGACACAAGCCAGAUGUUGAAGACUUCAGAAAUAAACCAGAAUAUUCAAAAAAAAGCAACAAAAGGAUAUCAAGGAUCGAAGUUGGCUUCACUUUUCCAGCACCCACUUUACAACACCCUAAUGCCUGUUAUCAAAGAGGAGGACAAGCUAUUCAGAGUUAACACAGAGGAAAGAUUUACCUUGAAAAGCAGUGGAAGUGAAGAAUGGGUCAGUGCUGGAAUGAAGUUCAUCCUACCAGCAGGUGAAGCUGCUUCUGACACUUAUCCCACAUGGCUUAAGUUCCACAUAGGAAUCAACCGCUAUGAGCUAUACCCUAGGCAAGACCCUUUUAUUCCCAUCUUGCUGAAAGAGAUGUCUACACACCGCAUCCUUAACUCUGUGCAAAAACCUGGAGGGACACAGCUUAAACUGCUCAUGACUUUUCCAGAUUAUGGACAAGCUCUCUUCAAACCCAAGAAACAGGAACGUGAUCAGGAGACACCCCCAGAUUUCUUCUACUUCUCAGAUUUUGAAAGGCACAAUGCUGAGAUUGCAGCUUUCCACCUGGACAGAAUCUUGGAUUUUCGAAGAAUUCCUCCUGUGGUUGGGCGUCUAGUGAAUAUUGCCAGAGAAGUUAGAGAUAUCACCACAGACAGGAAAUUAUUAAAAACGUUCUACAUCUCCCCAGCCAAUAACAUUUGCUUCUAUGGCGAGUGCUCUUACUACUGUUCAACGGAGCAUGCACUGUGUGGCAAGCCUGACCUCCUGGAGGGCUCACUAGCUGCCUUUCUUCCAGACACUACUCUGGCCAAGAGGAAAUCCUGGCGCAGCCCAUGGAGACGGUCAUAUCAUAAAAAUAAAAAGGCUGACUGGGAACUGAAUUCCAAAUACUGUGACACAGUAAACGUGAUAUCACCCUACAAUGAAGGAACCCGACUUCUUGACUUAAUCGAUCUAUCGAUCUUGGACUUUUUUAUGGGCAACCAAGACCGACACCAUUAUGAGACAUUUGAGAAGUUUGGAAAUCAGACGUUCCUUCUGCAUUUGGACAAUGGGAGAGGGUUUGGACGUCAUUCAUAUGAUGACCUUUCUAUAUUGGCUCCUCUUCAGCAGUGCUGCAGGAUCAAGAAGUCCACUUUGCAGAGGCUUGAACUCCUUGGUACUGAUCCUUAUCUCUUGAGCGAUGUCAUGCGCGAGUCUCUGUCUGCAGACCCUAUCUCACCCAUCCUGUCAGAGCUUCACCUUAUUGCCCUUGAUCGAAGACUGGGCCUCAUUCUAAAUGCUAUACAGCAGUGUUUCCAACAGGACGACCAACACAAAGUGGUGUAUGAUGACUUAGCCAAGAUAUAUCAUGAGAGAAGAUUAUAG